AUGUCAUGUAAAACAUCUAUUGAUGAUAUUCAACAAUUAGCACAAACAAUUGAAAAUGACUAUGAUAUACAUACAAUAAAUCGUGUACAAGAACUCAAUCAAAGAUGGGAACAUUCAAUACAAUCAGUAUCACAGCGUGUACAAUUAUUACAAGAUUCAAUAAAAAUUUCUGAGAGUGAUAUUUAUUCGAAAUCAGUUGAAUAUCCUUGGCAACGGGCUGUAGCUUUUAAUAAAGUACCUUAUUUUAUCAACCAUUCCGAUCAAUGUACAUCUUGGGAUCAUCCAAAAAUGAUUGAAUUAAUGCGUUCAUUUUCAAAUUUUAAUGAUAUUCGUUUUUCUGCUUAUCGUACAGCAAUGAAACUUCGUACAUUACAAAAACGUCUUUGCCUUGAUUUAACAUCACUUAGUGAUAUAAUAAGUGUUUUUGAAGAACAUCAAACAAUUGAGUCACCAAAUAAAGAUAUUGAUAAAUAUGUCGAUAUAACAGAAAUUCUUUAUUAUUUACAAUCAAUAUUUGAAAAAACAUCAAAUGAAUAUCCACAAUUAAUUAAUGUUACAGUUACUGUUGAUUUAGCACUUAAUUGGUUAUUAAAUAUUUAUGAUAUAAAUCGAACUGGUUCAAUUCGUUUAUUAGCAAUGAAAAUGGCAUUAGCUUUACUUUGCAGAGGAAAUAUUGAAGAAAAAUAUCGAUAUGUAUUUUCAUUAGUGGCUUGCUCAUCGACAGAUAAUGAUGUUCGUGAUGUUGUUGAUCGACAACGUUUGUCAAUUUUGUUUCAACAAGCAAUCGUUAUCCCAAAACAACUCGGUGAAAUUGCUGCAUUUGGUGGAUCAAGUGUCGAGCCAAGCGUACAAAGUUGUUUUGAUUAUGCACAUAAUCCGAAUGUAUUAACAGCGAAUGAUUUUCUUGAAUGGAUUAAAUUAGAACCUCAAUCACUUGUUUGGUUACCUGUAAUGCAUCGUUUAGCAGCAAGUGAAGCAGCUAAACAUGAAGCACGUUGUAGUAUAUGUAAAAUAUAUCCAAUACUUGGUUUUCGUUAUCGUUCAUUAAAACAUUUUAAUUGUGACAUAUGUCAAAAUUGUUUCUUUUCUGGUAAACAAACGAAAUUUUUUAAAAUGGAUGAUCCAUUACAAGAAUAUUAUACUGAAACAACAUCAUCUGAAGAUAUUCGAGAUUUUUUUCGUAUAUUUAAAAAUAAAUUAUGGACUAAACAUCGAAAACAUCCGAAACUUGGAUAUUUACCAUUACCACAUGUUUUUGACAAUAAUAUUCCAACGACAUCUCAACCAAUAUCUUCUCCUGUGUUAAUUCCAGUUUUAACAACACCAUUCAAAAGUGAUGAACAUGGUAUAAUUGCUCAACAUUGUCGAAAUUUGAAUAGUUUUGCACAUGCUUCGCCUCGUGUUGCUGCACAUGAUAUAUUAACACGAUCUCGUUCACUUGAUAAUGAACAACGUAAUGAAUUAGAAGCUAUAAUUCGUGAUCUUGAAGAUGAAAAUCGUUUAUUACAAAAUGAAUAUGAACGUUUAUGUCAACAACACAUGGAAAAAUCUUUAAUUAUAAAUGAUCGACAACAACAAUUUCAUCAAAGUGAUAGUCAAUUAGGUUCAUUAUCAUUUAUAAAUGAUUAUAAUUCAAGUGAUCGUGAAAUGUUACGUGAAGCUAAACAAUUACGUCAUCAUAAAACAAAAUUAGAACAACGUAUGAAAAUACUUGAAGAACAUAAUAAACAACUUGAAAAACAAUUAAGAAAAUCCAAACAAUUAUUAUUUCGAGAAUCACCUUCAAUACAUCAUCAUACAAGUAAUGCAAGUAUGACUGAACAUCGUUCAACAACAAUGUCAAGUCCAUUACAUAGUUCAACAUUAGGUUUAAGACGUUCAGUGGAAAGAAAUCUUGAACGACAACCAAAUUUAAUAACAAUUGAUAAUCUAUUUCAUAUGGCUGAUGAUAUAAAUCGUGCUGUUGGUGAUCUUGUUUCUGUUAUAACUGAACCACAAUCAAAUGGUUCACCAUCUUAUUAUCAGCAAAUCGAUACGUCAGUUGUAUCUUAA